AAACACAUCUAUAAAAUGCGGGCCAAAUUUGGGCUGCUGCAUCAUCAACUGUUUCUAUCUUCAUAUCGCAUUCAUCACAUUGAACACGAUAUGGAGAUCGCUAAAGGCAGUUCCUUCUUGAUUAUCAGUCUGGUGCUUAUCUCAAGUUUGAUCCAAGCCCAGGCUUAUUAUUCUCUCUACUGUGGUCACAAAACCAGAUGCUCUGGAAAGUACAUCAGAUGCCCCACUGAAUGCCCCAGCAGCGAAUCAUCUGAUCCUCAGGCUAAAGUCUGCUUCAUUGACUGUGACAAGCCUGUUUGCAAGGCUGUCUGCAGAAAACGAAAACCGAACUGCAACGCACCAGGAUCAGGAUGCUACGAUCCUCGAUUCAUAGGCGGAGACGGCAGGGUUUUCUACUUCCAUGGCAAGAGCAACGAACACUUCGCCUUGGUCUCCGACUCCGACCUUCAGAUCAACGCCCGAUUCAUCGGACACAGACCGGCCGGUCGAGGCCGAGACUACACUUGGAUCCAAGCCCUUGGCAUCCUCUUCAAGUCACAGACUUUCUCGCUCGAAGCCAGCAAGACUUCACAGUGGAACGACGACGUCGACGAUCUUCUCAGGUUCACCUACAACGGCAACGAUCUACUCCUGCCGGAAGGCACCCUCUCUAGCUGGAGCUCUCCAGAACACGAGAUCAAGGUAGAGAGAGUGGCGAACAAGAACAGCGUGAUGGUGACGAUUAGGGACGUGGCUGAAAUUCUGGUAAACGUGGUGCCAGUGACGAAGGAAGAUGACAGGAUUCAUAACUACCAGUUGCCUUCAGAUGACUGCUUUGCUCACUUGGAAGUUCAAUUCAGGUUCGUGAAGUUGUCUGCCGCCGUUGAAGGAGUGCUCGGGAAGACAUACAGGCCAGAUUUUGAGAACCCGGCGAAGCCAGGAGUGGCGAUGCCAGUGGUCGGAGGCGAAGACAAGUAUAGAACAGCCUCUUUGCUUUCUGCAAGCUGUGAGUCAUGCCUAGUCUGGCAGAAACAUUCAUCGACUGAGAAAGAAGCCGAUAAUGCAGUGGCAGAGGGUGCCACUCUUGACUGCAGCAAGUUCUCUCAUGGUCUUGGAAUUGUCUGCAAGAAAUGAAUAUGCAAGUCGUGUGAGUCUCGAAAGCUGGGUUGAAGUGAAAUCUCUAAUAAAUUAAUCAAUAUACAGUACCUGAUUCUUUAAUGUUUGCUCUAAGCUGAUGCUGCUACAUCAGUUUGCUAUGUUAUGUAACUCAUGUCCAGUGCAUGGGGUAAGAUUUAAGUUUAUUUGAAUAAACUAUUUGCGUUUUUAUAUCA